AAGAAGAAGAAAUCCAAAAAGAAGAACAAGAAACACUCUGAUGACAGCGAGGAAGAGUCGGAUUCUGACGAGGAAGUGAAAAAGAAGAGCAAAAAGUCAAAGAAGUCCGAGAAGAAGAAGACUAUGAAGAACCGCAAGCAGUCAGCGAGCGACUCCAGCAGCGACGGGUCAGAGGAGGACACCAACGGGGAUCUGUGGGUGGAGAGGACCUGCAUCGACGAACACAUGGUGGGCCCAGAGGCCCCACUCACCCACCUGUCCCAGGACGACAAGCCUCUCGAUUUUGGUCAUGCCCUGCUGCCAGGUGAGGGUGCCGCUAUGGCAGAAUAUGUGAAAGCAGGCAAGCGUAUCCCAAGAAGAGGUGAAAUCGGGUUGACUAGUGACGAAAUCGCAACCUUUGAGAUGUCUGGCUUCGUGAUGAGCGGUAGCAGACAUCGUCGUAUGGAGGCUGUGCGUCUGAGAAAGGAAAACCAGAUCUACAGUGUGGAUGAAAAGAGAGCCUUGGCAUCCUUCAACCAGGGAAAGAGGGAGAGCAAAAUCCUCUCCAGCUUCAGAGAAAUGGUGUACAGGAAAACUAAAGACAAAGAGGACAAAUUAGCCUUUUUGUUCCUCCCCUUUCGGGAACUUUCAGCUUCGGAUAACUUUUUCUCCCAACAUUAUCUUUCGUUGUGUUUAUUUUCUCAUCGUUUCAUGAUUUGAGAAUGUUAUUUUUUUCCUCUUUGUAUUGGGAAUUAGGCUUAUAUUACUUAUAUUUUAAAGCCUCUCUGACACAGU